GCCGCCGCUGGGGGCUCCCGCCCGCCCGCCGCCGCGCUGCUGCCGGUGCCGCUCCCUGCGCGCCCCCGGCAUGUCCGCGCCGCUGCCCCCCACGGAGCUGUACGCCUCGGAGCGGGCCGUCGUGCUGGUCUCCUGCGUGCUUUCCUUCCUGGGCUCCAGCCUGCUGGUUUGCACCCAUGCCCUGUGGCCGGAGCUGCGGACCCGCCCCCGGCAGCUCCUGCUCUACUUGUCGCUGGCAGACCUCCUCUCGGCCCUCUCGUACUUUUACGGGGUGCUGCAGGACUUUGACAGGACCUCGUGGGAUUGCGUGCUGCAGGGUGCCCUGUCCACCUUCUCCAACACCAGCUCCUUCUUCUGGACCAUGGCCAUCGCCCUUUACCUCUAUGUCACCAUCGUGAGGGGCUCGCCUACGGGCACAGGCUUGCUCUGCUGCUUCCAUGUCGUGAGCUGGGGAGUUCCCUUUGGCAUUACGGUGGCGGCUGUUGCUCUGAAGAAGAUCGGCUAUGAUGCCUCGAAUGUUUCUGUGGGGUGGUGUUGGGUCAACUUGGAUGCAGAGGAUCGUCUCUUGUGGAUGUUGUUGACGGGGAAAGUUUGGGAGAUACUGGCCUAUGUGACUUUGCCAGUGCUCUACAUUCUCAUCAAGAAGCACAUUAAUAGAGCGCACGCAGCUCUCUCAGAGUAUCGCCCGAUUCUCUCAAGAGCACCUGCAUUUCAGCCCCGGACUUCCAUAGCAGAUAAGAAGUUGAUUCUCAUCCCUGUGAUCUUUAUCAUCCUCCGCAUCUGGAGCACUGUGCGAUUCAUUCUGACCCUCUGUAACUCCCCUGCAGUGCAAAAUUCAGUCCUGGUUGUCCUGCACGGAAUUGGUAACACGUUCCAAGGAGGUGCCAACUGUAUCAUGUUUGUCCUCUGUACACGGGUGGUCCAGACUCGGCUGUUUUCCUCCAUUUGUUGUUGCCACUGCGAUGAGUUGGAUUGGCCUUUGCAAAGAUCAAACAGCUCCUGGCAGUGCCCAGAACCCCACAAGAACAAGGACGUGCUGGACCCUGAGCGGACGAAACCCCUGCUUUCCAGCACCUGAGCCUGGGCUGCCUACAUUGCAGUGUUGAUUUCUUCUUCCUCGGUAAAAACCUAGCGGAUUGUCUCAGAGUCCCACAGAGGGAGCUAAAGCCUGGGGAAAAGCAUCGCUGGAGCGGCUGAGCAAACUGAACAGGUCCUGUUGCUCCUUGGCGUUCAGAUAUCAGCUGCUUAAGUCUUGAACUUUGCUCAGGAUCCUCUGGAAGAUACUGUUUGGCUGUACUCCAACUUCCUGGUUUUCUUCCUUCCCUACCCUCACCCUCCAUUAUACAUUUUAAAAAUUAUUUGGGGUUUUGCUUUUCUGUCUGACAAGGCAAAUGUGUUGUGAGUUCUGGGAUGAACAAAUACUGUGGUGACGGGAAAAGCUGAGUAGAUGCUGAGUAGGACUAUCCGGGGCAUGGAUUUCAGUCCUAGUGUGUGAGAUCUUCAAGGGGGUUCCAUACUGGCUCCUGUUCUUCACUUGAAUGUGGACAACAGUGUGCAAAUAUGUUUGUUUUGUAGUGGUGGUGGAUGGUUCCUCUUGAUGAUUUAUUACCCCUCUUUGAUCGUUAGGGGUCAUCAUCGUCAGGGUUUGUGGUGGCAGCAUGGUGGUUGCCUCCUGAGGAAACGUGAACUCUGCAGACUGCCUUGGUGCUCAGGGAGAUCUAGGUGUACCACCCCAGCCUCCAGCAAGGACAGCUCUCACCAGCAGCAGGAUGGUUCCCAGCAUGUGCUGUGAACUCCAGAUGUCCUCUGCUGAAGCACAGGCUGCGUACGGUUUGUUCUUGCCUUGGGAAUGUUAUAUCAGAGCUGGGGAGGGGAUGGGGUUUUGUUUGCUAUUUGAAGAUGGUGUUUUACCUUAUUUACAGCUCCUCACUUGCUUGGUUUUUAAGUAUUUUCUCCAGCUUGUACAAAAUAAAGGUUUUUUUCUUUACCAA